UCCGAUUCGAACUCCGACACCACCACCUGCAAGACUCAGGGGAGGGCCAGCCGAAGCAACCCGUUCCUCGAAGGAGAACCCAUCGCUAGCCAUGGGAGCAUCGGGCGAGAAAUCCGCGUACGAGCGCCUCCGCGACGCCCGCGUACAAGAGAACAAGGUGCGAUUGGAGUCGCUCGGAUUGCUAAGAAGGGCCGGCGAGCUGCGAGCCGUGGUUUCCUCUUCUUCGUCGGCGACCGGAGGUCGCAGCGGCGUCAAGAGAAAGCGGAAGAUCCGGAUCGUCGACGGCACUCCUCUCCGGCGGUCUGAGCGCUUGAAGAGCAAGCAAGACGACGAUGACGAUGCCGAUUCAUCUCCUCCAGACACGCUUGGUGGUAAUGCGACUGUGGCAGCGUCCUCGGAGUACAGAGACGUCAUCCACCAAGUUCGUAAGCGGCUGUUCUCGGAUGGGCGUGCGAGCAAAAGCAGGGGAAGCGUUUACGACCCGGUGUUGGGGAUCUGCUGCCACUUCUGCAGGCAGAAGAAAUUAUGCGGGGAAGAAGAUUGCAGACGGUGUGGGGAUGGAAACAUUAAUCAGCCAUGCAUAGGUAAAACGGAGUGCUCGGUCUGCCAUUCUUCCAAUGGUGUCCUAUGCCGUGCUUGUCUCAAAGUAAGAUAUGGUGAAGAAAUGGAGGAAGUCAGGGCAAAGAAGGAUUGGAUGUGCCCCCAUUGCAUCGAAGAGAAAGGAAUCAACCCGUAUUGGAUAUGUAACAGCUCUCUUUGCUUGAAGAAAAGGAAGAUGGCACCAACCGGCAUCGCGAUUUACCAAGCUCAAGAGCAGGGUUACAGAUCGGUAGCGCACCUUCUGAUGGAUAGACUGAAACGAGAGGCUGCUCAGAAGUGACAAUGUAACACGACAAAGGCAGACCUAAGGUCAUUUACUUGGUGACUUCUCAUUCCUGAUGAUGAGAAGUUGAUGAUGAGACGUUGCUGACACCCCUGUUUCACAGAUCGAAUUAGAAACAGAACAUAAGUGCGUAGAAGAGGGAGAGGCAACGGAGCAUUAUAUAGGGAAGAAGGAAAUGGCGACGUCGCGUUUCAGAGACAUACAAUUAUCUAAAAAAAUGUAGAUUGAAUUCAUGAUCCAUCAUUCGUUUUCUCUAGAAAGAUGCUACAGAAAAAUAGAACCAAUUAUG